AUGGCGCCCAAGAGAUCACAAGCCUCAGCGGUAUCCCGCGAAUCGACGCCAUCUGCCACCGUUACGCAGACAGUACCAGCCUCGACCCCAAUUCGAACAGCAAACAAGAACCAGAGCCCAGCCGAGAUCGCGUUAGGGAUAUGGGAAAACUACCUCGAUAAGACACCACAGAGGACGAAGUUGAUUGAUGUGUUUAUGGCCUUUUUGGUAGUGGUGGGCGUUUUGCAGUUUGUAUAUUGUGUUAUUGCUGGAAAUUAUCCAUUCAAUGCUUUCCUAUCUGGUUUCUCAGCAACAGUUGGCCAAUUCGUUUUGACAGCUUCUCUACGGAUACAAACAAACGUAGAAAACAAGGCGGACUUCACUUCGGUUUCUCAGGAAAGAGCAUUUGCGGAUUACGUUUUUGGAAGCUUGAUCUUACACUUCUUCUGCGUCAACUUCAUUAACUAG